GCGCGCUGCGCCGCCCGGCCAUGUCGCGGGUGGGCGGCCCCGGGCCGGCGGGCAGCGCCAAGGAGAAGCGCUCCUUCAGCAAGCGGCUCUUCCGCGGCCGGGCGGCGGCGGGCGGCGGCGCGGCCCCGGCCCCGGCCCCGGCCCCGGCCCCGGCCCCGGCGCCCGCCUCCGCCGCCCCGUCCGCGGCUCCGGGGCGCUCGCUCGGCGGGUUCAUGAGCCGCGUGCUGAAGACCCUCUCCACGCUGUCGCACUACAGCAGCGAGCCCGAGCCCCGCGGCCCGCAGGCCCCGCGCCUGCCCCCGCCGCAGGCGGCCGGCGGCCUGGGCAGCUGCCUCCCGCCGGGCCCGCCGCGCAGCCCCGAGCCGCCCCCGCCGCCCGCCGGCGGCCCCGAGGCGGUGCCCGGCGUGGCGGGGCUGCGCAACCACGGCAACACCUGCUUCAUGAACGCCAUCCUGCAGUGCCUCAGCAACACCGAGCUCUUCGCCGAGUUCCUGGCGCUGGAGCAGUUCCGCGGCCCCGCCGAGGCCGGCCCGCCGCCGCCCGCGCCCGGCGAGGUGACGGAGCAGCUGGCGCAGCUCGUGCGGGCGCUCUGGACGCUGGAGUACACCCCGCAGCACAGCCGCGACUUCAAGAACAUCGUGUCCAAGAACGCUAUGCAGUACCGUGGGAACGCCCAGCACGAUGCACAGGAGUUUCUGCUCUGGCUUCUAGACAGAGUCCACGAAGAUCUGAACAACACAGUGAAAUACAGUGGCAUGCCUCCCCUCAAGCCACCGCUGGAGGAUGAUGUGCUGCUUGAGGGACCGGCCUUUCCCAUCAGUAGUACUUUCGUGCAGGAACUCUUUCAAGCCCAGUACAGGUCCUCUCUGACGUGCCCUCAUUGCCAGAAGCAGAGCAACACCUUUGACCCUUUUCUCUGCAUCUCUCUGCCAAUUCCCUUGCCUCACACACGGCCGCUCUACAUCACCGUGGUGUACCAGGGGAAGUGCUCCCACUGCAUGCGCAUCGGCGUGGCCGUGCCCAUCGCCGGGACCGUGGCCAGGCUGCGGGAGGCUGUCUCCUCGGAGACCAAGAUACCCACGGAGCAGAUCGUGCUGACAGAGAUGUACUAUGACGGGUUUCAUCGCUCCUUCUGCGACACUGACGAUCUGGACACCAUUCAUGAAAGUGACUGCAUUUUUGCCUUUGAGACCCCGGAGAUAUUUAGGCCCGAGGGUAUCCUUAGUCAGAGAGGAUUACAUGUGAACAAUAACCUGAAUAACUUGAAAUAUGGCACUGAGCACUCCCGAACAAUAUCUUACUCUCAAGGACCGGUGAAGUCUGGAAAACUGGAACAGUCUUCUACUAGACAAACAGCAAAUGACAGGAUUGUCUUGCUGGUGUGUAACAGAGCGUGCACUGGACAGCAGAGCAAAAGGUUUGGCUUGCCCUUUGUGUUGCAUCUGGAAAAAACAAUUGCUUGGGAUAUUCUGCAGAAGGAAAUUCUGGAGAAGAUGCAGUAUUUCCUGCGGCCUGCAGCCUGCUUGCAGGUUUGCCCAUUCAGCUUGCGAGUGGUCAGUGUUGUGGGCAUAACGUACCUGCUACCUCAGGAGGAGCGGCCCCUCUGCCAUCCAACAGUGGAAAGGGCAUUGAAGUCAUGUGGACAGGGGGGAACUGCUCAUGUGAAGUUAGUCGUAGAAUGGGACAAAGAAACUAAAGAUUACUUGUUCGUGAAUACGGAAGAUGAGUAUAUUCCGGACUCUGAAAGCGUCCGCCAGCAGAGAGAGCUUCAUCACCAACCUCAGACCUGCACUUUAUCUCAGUGUUUCCAACUGUACACCAAAGAGGAACAGCUUGCCCCAGAUGAUGCAUGGCGAUGCCCACACUGCAAGCAGCUGCAGCAGGGUAGCAUCACACUGAGCCUCUGGACCUUACCUGAUGUUCUCAUCGUACAUCUCAAAAGGUUUAGACAGGAAGGAGACCGAAGGAUGAAACUCCAAAACAUGGUUAAAUUCCCCCUGAGUGGCUUGGACAUGACUCCUCAUGUGGUAAAACGCAGUCAGAGCAGCUGGAGUCUGCCAUCUCACUGGUCACCCUGGAGGCGACCUUAUGGUCUUGGAAGGGAUCCUGAGGACUACAUCUAUGACCUGUACGCAGUCUGCAAUCAUCAUGGCACCAUGCAAGGGGGACACUAUACAGCAUAUUGCAAAAACUCGGUUGAUGGCCAGUGGUACUGCUUUGAUGACAGCGAUGUUCAGCAGCUUUCUGAAAAUGAAGUCUGCAAGCAGACAGCAUAUAUUCUUUUCUACCAGAGACGCACAGCAAUCCCAUCAUGGUCUGCUAACAGCUCUGUGGCAGGCUCCACAAGCUCCUCGCUCUGUGAGCACUGGGUCAGCCGUCUUCCUGGUAGCAAGCAGCCCAGCAUUGCUUCAGCAGCAUCGUCACGGCGCACGUCUCUGGCUUCGCUCUCUGAAUCGGUGGAGCUGACCGGGGAGAGGAGUGAAGAUGAUGGAGGAUUUUCAACUCGGCCCUUUGUGAGAAGUGUCCAGCGUCAGAGCUUGUCGUCUCGAUCUUCUGUCACCAGCCCACUGGCAGUGAGUGAGAACGGUGUCAGGCCCUCGUGGUCGCUCUCUGCAAAGCUGCAGUUACGCUCCAACUCCCCAUCACGCUUCUCUGGAGAUUCCCCUGUACACACAUCUGCUUCCACCCUGGAGAAGAUUGGGGAGGCUGCUGAUGAUAAAGUCUCCACCUCUUGCUUUGGCAGCUUGAGGAAUCUUUCUAGCAGCUACUUGGAACCCUGCGAUGGCAGCCGCCGAGAGCACAGGACGGCUCGCAGAGCCCCCCUGGCUGUCAUGGAAGGGGCGUUCAGGGAAGAGUCUGUUGUAAGGACAUCUAACUCAGACCUUUCAGAUGGGCUUGGCAAAAGCUCUGUGCAGCCAGACAAGAAUCACCCUGCUUUGGACCCUUUUGAUAACAACAAUCAAAUUGCCUUUGUUGAUCAGAGUGAUUCUGUGGAUAGCUCUCCAGUCAAGGAGGUGAAAGCCACCAGUGGGAUGGGACUGGCUCCAGAGAAGGCAGAUGGAACCCCUAAGAAGGCUCACAGCUCCAAGGGAGCUUCCGAAACAGACAAAAGCUUGAGGAAGGGAAGGACAGUCUUAUCUGCCCAAGAGACCAAAGUCUCUCGCUCUUCUCCUCCUCCCCCAAAGGGUUCCCAGAAGGUUUCCCGGUCUAGGAGUAAGACUGACUCCUCUAGGGCCAGUGGGCGCCAUGGGUCUCCUGCUCCCACUCAGGCUAGGAAGGACCAUAGCACCAAGCCCGUUGAGGUGGCUAUCCCAUCAGCUCAACAGAAGCAAAAGUCAGGUGGUUCUCCCUCUUCCACAGCUGCCAAGAAAGCCACAUCAGGCUCAUUGACUAAGGGCUCUUCUGCUGGGAAGAGCCGGACUUCAGACCGAAGCCUCAGCAGGGAGGGCUCUAAGAUAAGCCUGGGCUCGGACAAAACGAGCGUUACCAGCAGUUCGAGAACAAGCUCCCCGCGGAUAAGCCACUCUAGGAGUGACAGCAGGGCAGUAGACAGCAAGCACGUGAGGAGUUCCUCCAUGGCCAACCUGCGGUCUCCAAAUGUUGGUAUGCGUUCUGGUUUGAAGAGGGACAGCAAAUCAGAAGAGAAGGGAUUGUCCUUCUUCAAGUCGGCCUUAAGGCAGAAGGAGACCCGGAGGUCAGCAGACCUGGGAAAGACCACAAUGCUCUCAAAAAAGGCAGCAGGUGGCAGUUCCAAGUCGGUCAGCAAAAACGUGCUGGAGGACAAGUCUGAGAAAGGUGGUGUCCCACCAGCCUCUCAAACCAAUGCCAAUGUUACUGCAAAAGAAAAGCUCGUCCCAAAAGAUGCCGCACCCAACAAACAUUCUCUGCUCUCCAGUCGCAAGUCCAAGUCUUCCCAGCUAGAUCCCGGAGCCCAGUCUCCUCCUUCCAGUGGCAAGCAGGCUGCUGACAAGCCACUGAAAAAGUUACCUUCCAGCAUGCAGGUGUCCGUACGGCCUUCUCUGGAACCUCAGUGAAAUGCUGCAAUCCAGGUGUCUUUUCUGCUGAGAAGCUAAUUUAUUCUGAGCUCUUGUUUUUUGUUCAUGUGCCUAAUGUAUGUUUUGAGGAGAAGUUAACUGCGAGUUGUUAAAGCGCCUUUUGAUUCUGCCAUCAAACCAAAUAGCCACAGGCAGCCAGCACCAAUGCAAGUAGUCUAUCUGGAGUCAUUGUUGAACCCGAACGCAGCUGUCCCAUAGCACUUGUGCAGGAGUCUCUUCAUAGAAAAUGCAACAUCUUUCCUCAGACUCAAGGUCUGAAAUCUGAAACCCAGUUGUACUGACACUAGCGUGCUUCGUAGAGCUGUGAACUGAUUUUGGUCUCGUUCUGAGCAGGCUGUGUCUGCACUGGCCUUGUUCUGAGCUGUGGAGGAUGCGAAGGAAACUGGACAGGAGAGCCUCCCGCUGCUUACGCGCUCUUUCGACCCGCUCUCCCUACUCCCUUCCAUUUUCAAGCUUUCUUAAGGGCAAUAUCUCAACACUAAUGUUGUUUCUCAGGUAUAUACUCAGCCAGUAUAGGAGGGACUAGCAUUAGUGGAUGGACAGAAAGGUACCCGUGUGUCUGUGUGUACGCGUGUCUUUGUAAUAGAUUUCAUAUUUGCAUUCCAACAGCGGAAAGAUUUUUCCAUAAAAUGUUAUCUGCAUUUUUUGUUGCUCUGUCUGUGAAGAGUUUUACUCUUUCCAUACCUAAGGCAACCUCUAGCCUGUUCUCUUUAAUUGCUUUCUCUCUUCUGGAAUACUAUACUCAGCAACAAAAGAAGUCACUAAGCAGCAGCUGGUUGCCAGCCCGUUCCUGUGAAAGCGCGAGGCGGCUUGUUGGUGCGGUGCCCUAGGAGAUGGCUGUCUUUGUGCGCCUGAGUGGCAGCAGUGCUGGUAGGACCCCUGCCCAAACUCCUGAGCAGCAGCGUUUUUUGAUGUGCUCAGAUGCUUAACUGUAGUGGUGUGGAUUUAGCAUCCGUUACUUAUAGGCGUAGUACUUAGCUAAGCCACGUGUCGUCCUGUCUUCUCUGCCUUCUCUGAGUGAGCCUCCUCGCGAGGGUUGGAGGGGCUGCACCCCAGAGCCGUGCUGGGGCUGCUGCCCUGCUCCUCCCCGGCGCGCUCCUCGCGUUCCCCGCGGUCUGCCCGCUGUGCGUCUCUUACCGCAGCGGUCCCGUCCUCGUCUGGCUGUUGGUCUCUGUUAGGGCUAAAGCACUACAUCUAGCGACGUCCUUGUUUACAUGCCCUUCUCCAAGGGGAGAUUCCUCAAGCUCUUUAGGAUUCAUCUCUGAAGGUGGAUUCCUCAAGUCCUUUUGUAUACUCGUGGUGUAAUCUCUUUUUUUAAUUUCAUGAGUUUUUUAUUAAUGUUUUGCUUAUCCUUUCUGUAGAGCAGCAGCCUGUCGUGCAGCUCAUGGCAUGCAGCAGCUGGGCAGCGUGCUGUGCACGCUUGUCUUUUGGUGAGGUCUUUGCCUGCCACCCAGUCUCGUCUGGUGAAGCUCCUCCGGGCUCAGCCUGCAGACAGCCCUGCUCGUACGUCUCUCCCAUCACCGUAGCAGUGCCCUCAGACGAGCAGUUGCUUGCAGCUAGCCUGUUCCACCUCCACUCUUAGCUGCCGUGCUGAUGACCCUGGAAGAAGCCUUGCCCCAGGCUGCUGGGGCACGUUGCUGCUCCUUGGGUUUGUUCUCGGCUCACUGCUUCUGCAGCGGGCUUUGGAGAGUUGUGUGUCUCGGGGCAGCUGCUGCCCUGGUGCACAGGCGGCGGAUGCGGAGCUGACCCGGGGUGCUGCAGAGCUCUGUGGCUGCAGCACAGCCCUUGGCCUCUCCUGGUUGAGCCCAGCAGUACCUGCCUUCCUGCGUCCCAGAGGCAAUGCCAGUGGCCUGCAUGUUUGUACAGCGUGUUGGACUCUGUGCCCUGGACUAUAUUUUUAAGCCUGAACGUGACCCUUUUCUUGAUCUGUUUCUUCUCCCAUGCUUUGUUGUCACCUUCUCGUUUAAUGCAGCAACAAGAAACAAAGGUGGUAUUGCUUGCUUCUUAAAUGUAUAACUUGGGUUAUUCUCGGAUUAUUUUUUGUUAUAUCCAGCAGAGCAGAGGAGACUUGCUUCACAUUUUGGUACUUAAAUUUCUCCCUGAAAUGCCGAUAUUGAAGUACUUGUUUAAGAUUUGAUCUGCAUUAAGAUCUUGCACUUUGUUGACUCUUCUCUUGUAACAACUCUUCUAGCAAGAAUGUAAUUCCGGUAGCUGUUGCUAACUUGGUUUGAUAUCCUUUUAAUAGACAGAACCGAGUUUUCUGUGCAUUUCGCCAUGGGACGUUUGUGAAAGGCUAUUUUUAUCAAAUGACACUUUCUUUUCAUGUCAUCCAUCAUUCACUGGAAAAGUUCAAACUGGAAGAUGGUGUAUGGUUUCUGAGGUGUUUUUUGCUAACGUAUUGCAUGUCUGUACUGAAGGAAACUUGAAGCCAUGUCCAAGCUGGCGUUUCAGCUGAAUGCCAGUUCAGUAUGUUUGUAUUUGGGGCAUGAGAGUGGUCAUUAGAGCUGCCGUUAGGAUAAAAUGGGAACGAGAGGUCUUGGUGCCAAGCGUUCCCGUAGCUGAGGUUAAAAGCAGUCAAAGCUCUGCAUUCCCAAGAUAAGUUAUCUAGCCCUUCCUCUUUGUGCUUACUGUAAUUUCUGAUGGAAACUGCUGCCGGCUCCAGCACUGUCCACUCUGUGUACGCUGCCAAUUUGAUUUUCUACCUGUCCCUCUGAAAAACAGAAGCUCUGGUGCACAGACGCCUUGCUCCAUGGAUAAGCAUGGGGUGGGCUGAGGAGCUGAUCCUGACAGCGCCCUUUUCUUCCCAUUAAGCUGGUGUCGCGGAGUGAAUGAGAGAUGCUGCUCGUCUCUGGUGGGCUGCCAGCACGUGGCGUGUUUUCUGGCUCAGGAGGGCUUGACUUCGGGUGUCCUCAAGCAAAAUGCUUUGAUUUGCAAGGGUGCACUGUCGUUGUUGUUGAAUAUAAGACACGUCGGGCAAAAUGUGGAAAGCAUGCUUAUAGGGACCUGCAAACUGCAGUGCCUACUCCCAUGGCUGUGUCGAUUCUGUAACAAAGCGGUUUGGAUAGUAGCUGCUUGCUGCCACCCCGCAUCCUCUGCUUUCUGGUCUCAGAUUUCCAGCAGUCUGUGAACUCCUUUGCAUAGGAGAGGGCUAAAGGAUGCAGGCCCAGGAACAGCAGUGUUCAUGAUGGGUAUAAAUCCAGGUCUGAUUGCUGUUAAAACCCUGGCUUCACCAGCGGUGUAGAGUAAAUCUUUCUAAAACUGAACGUGGGCUCCUGCAGGCCUUAUUUAAAGUGAUUUGAGGAAAAACAUCAGUCUUCUCUCCUCGCUUUAAGCGGACUUGUUUCUUAGCCCUUUCCUGCAGAGGAAUUCCGGUCUGUGUACACCAUGCUGUCCCGAUGUGGAUGUGGCCCUGCACGAGGGGUGCUCUAGGGAGGGAUCUUCCCAGGCCUGCAGCCAGCACAGCCUUGCCUUUGCGAGGGGGCCGUAGAACGGCGCAGGCUUGUGCCUGCUCCGUGGCAGCCUCUAGUACCCGGCCACCCCUUUCCUGAAAGUUCGGGCUCGGCUGCAGCAGCCCUGCUGCCCGUGGAGGAGGUGAGCUCCUGCCACCUCCUGCAGCCCUGGGGGCAGGUGGCGCCCAGGGGCUCCCGGCCCCGUGCCCCCAGUCCCUGACCUGGCUGCACGGUGCUUGCAGGGCAGCCUUGGAGGCACGAAGCCCCUCUCAGCAGGGCAGCCUCGCGCUGUCCCCACUCAAGCAGCCACGCGGGACCCGAGGGAAAGCGGGCUUGAAGUCCCCUGGAAGGCUUUGUGAUGUGCUUCUAGCCAAAGUCGGAUGGAAUUCACCUGCAUGGGUCCGCCCGUGCCCCUCAUCACGCCCCUGGUCCGAGGCUUGUGCCUGGGGCCAGCCCUCAGGGCCCAGGAGAGCAGCGCCCUCAUUCCAGUGCUAGAUUCCUGCUGGGGUCACCUACAGAAAUUAUUUUUACCCUUUUUGGGCUUUGUCUUUUGGAUAGUGUUUGGUAGUGUACAACUUAUAAGCACAUUUUCAAUGAUGUGUAUUGAAGAGGCACCUUUUAUUUGUAUUAAUCACAUUUGAUAGACGACUUGGUGCCUGCAGUUCUCAGUAACUGGUGUCUCACUUUGGAUGUAUAAAUUGUAACCCUUUCCAACUUACCAGAUAUGGCUAAAAAAAAAAAUAAAAAUGCUUAGGAUAGAAAAUUAGCAGCUUAAUUACAGUACACUAACUGCAAGUGCCCUCAUCCUUCUUAGCUGCAGUUGUUCGCUUUCCAAAGCUGAAACUUGAGCAUGAUCAACCAUUUUUUCUAAGAAAUAAAGGCAGUUUUGCAUGGCAGUUCUCUUGCUGUACUCAAAUGCAUGCACUUAUUAACUAUGCAAGCAUCUAAUACAAACCAUAGACCGUGCUUUCAGUAUCAAGAGCUGCUCCCUCGGUGCCGGAGCACUGCUUUGACUCUGUACUUCUGUUUCUUGGUGCAGCUAUGUGUCAGCACAUAGGAGCAUGUACCUGGUUUCCUGCUUUAUUUGCACAUCUUUGAUUCUUUUCUUUGCAGAAUUUGGGAUUACUGACAAGGCUGGAGCGUAGCAUAAUGCCAAGGGAAUUUGAAAUGUUGAAAUGAGAACAAACUGUUUUUCUGUAUUGUAUUGUUUUCUUUCCUUU